CAUGCUCUUUAUUGAACAAAUUUCACAUUUGUCCAAGUAAAUAUAAUGACUGUUAAUAGUUUAAUAAAUAUCAGCAUCAAAAUAGAAAAAUAUGAAGCCUAAGUUAAUAAAUGUAAAUAAUUUUUUAUUUAUUUAUUAUUUUCAUUAUUAAAAUGCUUAAAAUAAAAUGAGGAUGGAAAAGUAAUUAAUGAAUAGCUACAAUAAAUUAGAGCGAAAAACGUUAUCUAUAGCUAUAGUUGGGAUACCUUCUAACAUCUGUUAGCCCGGCUAGCUAUUUAUUUAGCCUACACUUUAGAAAUAAAUCGUCAGCUUGAAGCUCUAACAAACAAAUGUGUGAUUAGACUAUAAGAAAGUCUGUGAGAGACAGCGCAAAAAAAAAAAAACAGACUACAAUGCAAGCGAUUCCUCUCUCCCUCUCUGGUGCGCAGGUGGGGAGGGUGAAAUCUCAGUUUGAAGUCUCAGUCUUCCUCAUUUCAACGGACUACAGCAGCGUCUGUCGGACCAUCAGCUCCUCAGUCCCAUCAUUCGGUGCAGUUUUGAGAAAUCGUUACACCUACGUGGCUUUAAUGCACACCAAGCUAUGUACGUGACCAAAACAAUGACCUGUUGUUAUUUUUGGCACUGUUCUCUGCGCUGAACGACUGAAUACCCAUGAGCAUCAUCUCAGGGAACGGACUGUCUGGCGGAGCGCAGGACGGGAUGGGAUCGCAACAGCGCGUUUAGUUGAGGGAAAUGGGAAGUUUAAACGUUCGUGGACUGCAGCUUCUGGCUAAAAAACACGAGAGGAGCGGCUUUAAAUGAAGUUUAAAAAGUAAUCAUCUGCAAUAAUACAAUAAUCACAUCUGAAUGAACUGCCCUGUUUGUGGCGGACUGUUUAUUCUUCACAUUAAGCAGCGCUGGUUCUUCAGGCACAAUGAAAUCCAUCUUCUACACUCGCUUUUUCAUCCUUCUUCCGUGGAUCUUGAUAGUGAUAAUCGUGAUCGACAUCGACACGAAGAGAUUGUCUGUUCGGAACACGGCCAGCUUCUAUUUGUCUCGGCUGGGAAAUGUGCAGCAGCAGCGGCAGGUCGUCAGGACGACUCGGACCAGCAGCAGCACCACAAGCAGCAGCAGCGGGAGUAACGCCACAUCUCUCCCGGUCAUUUAUGCCAUCACUCCCACUUACAGCCGAGCGGUGCAGAAAGCUGAGCUCACCCGCUUGGCAAAUACGUUCCGCCAGGUUCCGCAGUUCCACUGGAUCGUGGUGGAGGACUCGAACUCCCACACGGAGCUGGUUUCGCGGUUUCUUGCCCGAUCUGGGCUGCGAUACACUCACCUGAACGUGUUCACCCCGCGCAGGUUCAAGCGGACGGGGAUGCCCCGAGCGACCGAGCAAAGGAACUUGGCGCUCGGCUGGCUGAGAGGACACCGCGCGUCCAAAGAUAAAGGAGUCGUUUUCUUCGCGGAUGAUGAUAACACUUACAGCCUUGAGUUAUUUGAAGAGAUGCGGUCAACCAGGAGAGUGUCAGUGUGGCCAGUGGGACUCGUUGGAGGCCGGAGGUACGAGCGGCCCCUGGUGGAAAAGGGGAAAGUGGUCGGCUGGUACACAGGCUGGAAGGCCGACAGGCCAUUCGCAAUUGACAUGGCUGGCUUUGCAGUGAACCUGCAGGUGAUCCUGUCAAACCCACGUGCCCUAUUCAAGAGGAGAGGAGCCAAACCAGGGAUGCAAGAAUCAGAUUUCCUCAAACAGAUCACCAAGGUGGAGGACUUAGAGCCAAAGGCCCGGAACUGUACCCAGGUCCUUGUCUGGCAUACCCGGACCGAGAAGGUCAACCUGGGUAACGAACCAAAGCGGCAGCAGGAUUCGGUUUUUAUAGAGGUCUAGCAAACGACACUGCACUAGGACUGUCAAGACACUGGAUGGAGGCCCGCCAUCACUGGCACUUUCUAAAAGGAUGGCCGCCUUUGAACUUUAGGAUACCUGCUCUGGCGGAAAAGACAAGCUAUCUCGGGUUCCUGGAUUCUCUACUGACGCACUGUAUCUGCUGGAGCUUCUCACUGUGGCAUCACACUGGAUUACCUGUAACUUGGUGGAGGAGAAACCAUGGAUAUGUGGUUUUUAAAUGCCAACUGUAUGUGAAAACUUGAUCUUAUUCCCAAUGUGGUAGUAAACAGACCACUAUCCCUUUUCCUCGGACUCUGAAUGUUCGGAAAAUUAGAUCAACUUAUGUGAAUGCGGGAGAAAAGGACCAGCUGCUUGACUAAUGUACAGAGAGGUUAGUGCUGCAGGAAAAAACUAACUGUCCAUGAAAAUAAAAGGAA